AUGAUCUUUUUAAAUAGAAUUAUUGUGAGCUAUAGAUUUGUAAGGUGUGUGUCUAUAAAGAUGAAGAUAGACAAAAUGGCACCAGUAUUACCAUGUACCGAAGAUAAGUCUUUUAUGAAGGCAGCUGAUCAUUUGGCCAGUGGCAAUGUAAUUGCUGUUCCCACUGAUACUAUAUAUGGCUUAGCCUGUAGUGCAAACUGUCCAGAGGCAAUAAAAAAGUUAUAUACAAUUAAAGGUAGAGACGCAUCGAAGCCCGUAGCUAUAUGUGUAACUCACAUAGAUGACUUAAGGAAAUGGGGAAAUGCUGCCCAUUUAAGUGAUAAAUUACUCAAAAACCUCUUACCUGGGCCUGUAACAAUAGUGUUAGAAAAAUCAAAAUUUUUAGAUAACCCUUACCUAAAUCCAACAACUACUAAAGUUGGAAUAAGAAUACCUAAUCAUGAAUUUAUAAAUAGAGUCACUGAACUAUUUAAUAUGCCAGUUGCACUAACAAGUGCUAAUUCUAGUAAUGAACCAUCAUCACUGUCUAUCGGGGAAUUUGAACAUCUAUUUUGCUACCUAGGUGCAGUAUUUGAUGGAGGAGUCUUAAAUCAAGGUAUGAAUGAAAGUAGAAGUGGCUCUACUGUCAUUGAUUUGUCAAAUGUAGGAUAUUAUAAGAUAAUUCGCCAAGGAAUAUCAUAUGAUAAAAUUGUUAAGAUUUUAGAUACACAAGGACUAGCUAGUGUUGUGUAAUAAAACAAAUAAUUGUUAA